CCUUGUUAUGUGGGAGCAAGUUUUCAACGCCAUCUUCUAACCCCAUUUGACUGUGCUAUGCAGGGAGCACGCCAUGGAGAUCUCUCUGCGUCCAAUCUUGAGUUUCAGAUAAAACCUGGCAUCUCCAGGACACCCACCUAUACAGCUCGUUCCAAUAUGGCUGACAAGAAGGCCAGAGGAACAAGUUUAUUCUGGGAAGCAGCUGCUACGAUGAUUGCAGGGGCAUGCGCAAACUGCUUCGCUCCUCGCCGAUCAAAAAUUAGGGAGGGUCAUGUUAAACCUUCAGAGGAUGCUCAUGAUGUGUCCACUAGUUCUAUCUCAAGAAUUUCAUCAGUAAGCAGCACAAGCACUAGCCAGCACAAGUCAUGGCCAGACCAGUUCUCAUUUCAGGAAAUCUGCCUGGCUACUUCAAACUUCAGUGAACAAAACAAAAUUGGGCAAGGAAAUUUUGGCACUGUGUACAAGGGGAAGCUCAGGGAUGGAUCCAUCAUAGCUAUAAAGCGAGCUAAGAAGAAUAUGUAUGACAGGCACCUAUCUGCAGAAUUCAGAAGUGAAAUCCAGACACUAUCGAAGGUCGAACAUUUAACCUUGGUGAAGUUUCUCGGGCAUCUGGAGCAUGAGGAAGAACGCUUAAUUCUGCUUGAGUAUGUCAGCAAUGGAACACUCCGUGAACACUUGGAUGGAUCACGAGGGGAACCAUUGGAAUUUUCUCAACGUCUCAACAUUGCCAUCGACAUAGUUCAUGCUGUUGCCUACUUACACGGAUACACAGACCACCCAAUCAUCCACCGUGACAUCAAAUCAUCCAACAUUCUGCUAACUGGCCAGCUGAGAGCAAAGGUGUCCGACUUCGGCUUUUCACGCCUAGCCCCGGACGACGCUGAAGCCACCCACGUCUCGACAAUGGUGAAGGGCACGGCAGGAUACGUCGACCCUGCGUACCUGCACACGAACCACCUCACCGACCGCAGCGACGUCUACUCCUUCGGCGUCCUCCUCGUCGAGCUCAUCACCGGCCGACGCCCGAUAGAGCGCAGCCGCGGCCGCAAACAGCGCCUCACGACCGAAUGGGCGCUGCGGAAGUGCAGGGAGGGCGAGGUGGUGGUGGCGAUGGACUCCCGGAUGCGCAGGACCAGCGCGGCGGUCGCGGCCGUGGAGAGAGUGAUGGCGCUGGCGGCCGAGUGCACGGCUCCGGACCGUGCGGCGCGGCCGGCCAUGCGGCGAUGCGCCGAGGUGCUCUGGUCUGUCAGGCGCGACUUCCAGCACGAGCAGCAGCGAGCCGCUGCCGCUGCCGCUGGCGCGGGAAAGUUGCGGCGCCAUGGCUCCACCGGUGCCGCCACGUACGGGUCCUCAGCAGUUCGGUCAGUUGGGAGCUUGAAGUAG